CUUCUCAAAUUUUAGAACAUAUUAAAAAUUUACUUCAAAUAUGGAAUUUAGAAUUAAAAAUUAUUUCUUUUACAACUGAUAAUGGAGCAAAUAUAAAAAAAGCAAUCAAAGAUCUUGGAAUUGGAACUCAAAUAUUUUGUGCAGCUCAUACUUUACAAUUAAGCAUUAAUAAAGGAUUAGAAGAAAUAAGUGAAUUAAUAGGAAAAUGUAAAAAUCUUAUUAAAUUUUUAGGUGCUAUUAUUACUUUAAAAACUAUAUUAUUUUCUGACAAAAAAACUAAUAUUCAAAGAGAAGGUAUUAUUUUAGAAUCAUUAAUUCCAACAAAUUUUGAAUGGCAAAUAAUUGAAAAACUUGUUCCAUUUCUUGAAUCUUUUGAACAAGUAACUUGUUUAAUAAGUGGUACUAAAUAUACAACCCUUAGUGUUAUAUAUCCUAUUAUAAUUGGAUUAGUAAAUCAAAUUAAUAAAAGUUCUAAUAUUAAUAAUAACAUAGUUAGAAAUAUUAAAGAAAUUAUUCAAGAAGAUAUGAAUGAAAGAUGA